GAUGUCGAAAUCCAGCGAAAGCUCGACAAACUGUUGGUCCUAAAUUCCCCAAAAAAUCAUUGAGUCUACGCGCAACCUGUCAAGUCACAACACCAAAUAUGCGGAAAUAUAUUGACCUUCAAAUGAAUGGUCAUGAUGCACGUCUGCAGUUAGAUACCGCCUCUGAUACUACUGUUAUAUCAGAGAAACUUUGGAAUAAUAUUGGCAAACCACCUAUCACCAAUACUUCCCAGUCUCUUGUCAGCGCCUGUGGUGGGCGGCUCAAACUAAUUGGUGAACUCAAAUGUUCCGUUUCCUUCCGCAAUACCAAAUUCACAGGAAUUCGUUACGUCACGAAGAAUGAUUUAAAUGUUUUGGGAUUUGAUUGGUUCGAUCGUUUGCAUCUGGCUGAUGUCCCACUAAAUUCUCUACGCAAUACAGUCAGGAAGCAUAAAAUGCUAGACAAUUCCGGACGGAGCCGAAGCUGCAAACCCAACAGGAAGACGAAACGACAGGCGUCAACAACAAGCCCAAAGGUCCCAGAUAAACCCCCAGGUAAACAUCCUACUAAUCAUCGAUCUUCUCAAAAGGGGAGGUGAUAUGUAUCCACAUAUAUAUAUUUAUGUGUGUGUGUGCAUGUUGGUCUCUCUUUCUGUUUGCUCGGUUAGUCUGUGACCACUUCACUUGUAUGAACUUGUCUCCUUUAUCAAUGUAUAUUCUCCUUAUAUUAUAUUAUAUAUAAUAUGAGUGUUUGUUGACAGUCCGUUGCUUGGUGACAUAUAUCCAUAUAUGUUUGUUGGCAUGUCUGCUAUAUUCGCUAUGUAUAAUUGGAUCGACACUCCAUUAUAAUUAGCCAUUCAUGUUAAGACUGU